AUGGGUCAGCAGGUACGGGCUCCCGGCGGGGCGGCGUUGUGUGCGCGGCGCGGCUGCGCUCAUUCGCUUUUUGCCCACCUUUCGACUCACGCGCAGCGCAGCCUCCACCAUUGUUCGCCACGCGCAUUUCUCUCACGUGGGAACUGUUGACUUCUUCGUGCUUUACCCGCGGCGUCAUUCAUCUACAUCGCCGGUGGGGACCGCACGUUAUGCCAUUGCGAGUACGCGAGUACUUCAAGUGCGAGCUUUGUGUUAUCGCUCGACGGUGACUGUGAUAUGAAAACUGAGGAUUAUCGGCAUGUCGGGUGAUGUUCCGGGACGUUACCUGGUGAAAGUUGAGUGAUGAUCAAAUAGACACAGUGAUUGGGAUCUUGCUGACUGAUAAGAGGAGACAUGGCCGUCGCGCCGAUAUUUCCGGUGUUGCUAAUAGCUGUGGUCUCAAGAUGUAAGUGCGAUCACCCAAGCGGGUUCAGCACCCACAGCGGGAACAGUGCAGCGCAAUUUGGAUCGCUGCUCAAGCCGCCUCCGCCACCGCCACUGCCGCCCAUCGUACCAGUGCCGUUCCACAAAGGCGCUGAGAGAAAUCAGCGACACAACUCAGAUAUCGGCUAUCAAUACCAAACGCCCCCACCCCCACCUGUAGCUCCUAGUGAAUUCAAAUUCCCAGCUCCCUUCUACAAGCAAUAUAAUUUCAACUUUGUCCCACCUCCUCAACCGUUUUCAACAACGCCAUCUCCAUCAUUAUUCCAAAAAGUUUCUGGAUGGCUUUUCCCUUCGCAACAAACUAGUUAUGAAGGUUCAUCUAUAUUUAAUAACGUAGCUCCUAUAAAAAAGGAUUGCAAUCCUUGUAAUUUAGUGCCAUGGUUACCAGUAAUUAGAUACAAUUUAGGAGCUAAAAAUGUAUAUCACAAUUCAUUGCCAACGUAUGGACCUCCUAGUCCUACUGCUUAUGCUAAUUUGUUAAAAGUGAAUCCGCAGCCAUUCAAUUCACAAAACAAAGACAAAAGGCCGCCGCAAUUAUUACCUUCGGUGCCGCAUGCGAACUACGGUCCACCUAAGCUAUAUAACGGUGGUUCAGUUCAAAUUGUAAGCUCAACUUAUGGACCUCCUAGUGCUACUCAUACUUUAGAUAUUGUCUCUCCAAACCCUCCUAGUUCUACGUACUCUCAGCCAAGUUCAUCUUAUGGUGUUCCUAGUUCUUCUUAUGGGUUACCUAGUACUUCGUUAGCGUCUCAAUUUUUAUCAACUCCAUCACAAGGAAUAUCAAAUAAUCUGUAUAAUUCACCAAGCUCAACAUAUCCUCCACCUUCCUCGUCAUAUGGAACACCUUCUCCAUCAUACGGAGUUCCUUCCUCGUCUUAUGGGACUCCUUCUUCGUCGUAUGGAACUCCAUCACCAUCUUAUGGAACACCGUCUUCAACGUAUGGAACUCCUACCCCAGGAUAUGAAACUCCACGUCCUAUAAUCACAAAUUUCCAACCAGUCACUCCAAAUUAUGAACCCGGGACACUUAACAAGGACUUACCCCCACAAAAUGAUGUAGAAUUAUUAGACGAUAUUACACCUAAUGAAGAGUUACAGUUGCCAAAAGUUUCACAUCCAACUACAUUUAAAAAUUCUUACGGUGAACCUAUCACAAAUACUCAUCUAUUUGAUAUAUCAUACCCCGUGUCAGCCACAGCUGCGGAAUCUUCUAAAGUGAAAACACAAGUGUUGCCAAAUGAUAAGCCGAAAACUUCAACACCAAAUACAUCAUUUGCCUUGGCUAAUCCAGCCCCAUUUACACUAAACAGGGGUAGAAAUAUUCAUACUUUACAGCCUGUUGCACUUCCUAAUCUGAGUGUUUCACCUUUGCCCCCGAUAUUCAAUGCACGACCUUUUAGACCGGUGCCACCACAGUUUUCUCCAAAUAUUCUGCAAGGAAUCAAUCAGAUGCAGCAGACUAAUAGUAAUGUACGUGUAGAACAGAGUAUACCCGUUGCAGAAUUUACUCACUCGGUUGACUACCCUGCUACAAUUAUACAAUCACCUAUCAUUGAAAUAGAUCCCCCUUCACAUUUAAAUCAAUCAAAGGCGUACAGAAAUAUUCCAAAUAGUUAUGUAGUAGAUGAAAUUAGAGAUAUAUCAUCCCAGGCUUCAGAAGACCAUAUAUCAGCAACAAAAUCGAUUCCAGAUGCAAGUUUUGAAAGUACAGGAACUGAUGUAGGUAACGAACUUUAUGAUACUAGUCUUCCUGCAGAUUUAAAAUCUGUUUCUCGAGUGCCUUCAAAUCAUAAACCGAAUUUUGCUGAUCUUAGAGGAGUAAAUGACAAUGAUGUUGAUAAAUACCGCUCAGAAGCUAAUUUACAAAAUAUAGAUUCACCGCUUUUAUAUCUUAAACCAAGCGCUCCACAUAAAAACCACGGAAACUUUGUAUUAGCCAUAUCAUCACCUGUUCCUGAUAAUGAGUAUGAAAUAUAUGAUGAUAUUCCUACAACUGCGGCCCCGCAGACUCAAACCAGUUGGGAUGAAAGCAGAACUGUUUAUAAUGAGGACACAUCUUCAAAAAAACAGGAAAAUGCGUACAAGACUAAGAUUGUCCAAAUUAUCGUGCCUUACACUACUGGAAAUAAACAGGCAGAAAAAACCGAAGAUAUCGUACAGAUGUCAGAGGACUGGCCCUCUACACCAAAAGACGAAUAUCAAGCACGGAAGGUUCCAUCUAAUACGGAAAAUUCUCGUACAACUCCUAUAACAGAAAAUUAUAAUACAGCAACAUCAACAACAGAAGACACAACAAUUGUCGAAAAUUACGAUUCUGAGCGUUUAAAAGACUUCUACGAUGUAAAGGAACCGCCGUUUGAUAUCAUUAAGCUCCAACACACCAUAGAUGACUGGACAGAGCAAGAAUAUGCUAAACAGUAUAAAACGCCACAGCGAACCCGCAGCAGUGAAAAACAUGCCAAGCAGAUCCCUGACGACUACUUUACGACUACCGUUCCAAGCAAUUAUGUAACAGCAACAAAUAAUUAUAAUUACGACUUCUAUGAUCACGAAGUUUCUAGUAGUGUUCAACACACAGUCACCGAUGAGAGUAACAAUACUGUUAGUAGGCCACGGAAAGAAUAUAACACAAUAGAGAGAACAAAGAAUAGAUUCAAUAGUGGUAAGAAUGAAGAAUCAAGUGAAGUGCAAAAACUUCAUAUUUAUACAGCGGCAUCAUCUUUCCGCACCACAAGUACAUCUAGUACUACCACACCAGCCCCUUGGGGUAAAAUUCAAACAUCAAUUUCACCGCUAACGAAAGAAAAAGUUUAUGUGGUAACUUCGAAACCUUGGAGAGAUUUACGAAACGUUUCCACCGAUUGGUAUGAAAAAGAACCAUUCGAAUCUAAGAAAACAGGUGCAGAUAAUGAAUUUUCAGCUUCUAGCAAUCUUCCGUUUAAGUCUCCGAGAUUUAUGAAUCGGCCGUCAUUUGGCUUUACGUCGGGAGGAAAGAUUGAGUCCGAUUCAUCGUUUGGAUUUUCUAAAAGCUGGUAUCAAAGCAUAAACGAGUUGGAGACGCAACGGGAGAGCAAUAGUACGUCAUUGCCAGAGGCUUCCCAACACAACGUAUCCACUAAUUUGGACGAGGACACGAUAGCCACGACUGCAAUUCCUCAUAACGGCUGAAAGUGCGAAAUAGCGUCACGUAGAACUAUAACUUAAUUCGAAUAUUAUGUGAAAACAAGUGACAGUGACAUUUAAACGAUACAACGUACAAUUGUGGUUAAAAUGUGGUGAAAUCAUCAAAAUAAGAAGAACGCGAACCAAGUGUUGUUUUUAUUUUGAUCAAUUAUUUUUUUCAUAAGUGUAAAUGAACCCUAGUUAAUAGGUAAAGUUAACCAAAGUGGGACUUCAAUAGAAAUUCGAUUUAUAUAUUAUUUCAUUAAUUUUAAAUGUAAUCAUUAAAUAUCCAUCCUCCAUUAUAUUUUAGCUUUAAUUUAAGAAGAUAUGUUUUCAAGUAUUACUUAUAUUGAUAUCUAAAAUUGUAAUUAUUUUGAGUAUUGGAAGUACCUACUCGAUUUUUGUAAAUAUUGAAUUGUAAAUAAAUGAAUGAACAAUGA